AUGUCGCAGUCCACAACCCUUCCUGCCCGGUCUCUCGAACGUACGCACAUUCUCAAGCAGAUCCUCGAGCACAUCGAGGAGUUCUCCGACGAUUCUGAUGAAGUCGACUAUGCCGCCUUGAAGGAAGAAGUCCUGAAACCUGUCAUCGCGGAGAGAUUUGAUCCAGAAGUACAGCUACGAGGAUUCUUGCGAACAUUCCAACAUACCAUCACAUACAGAAAGGCAUACUCCAACAUCAAAAGCCCGGAACUGCGGGGUCAGAUCGAUGCUUUUGUCAAUGGCAAGCAUGCGAAGGAUGUUACCAGCAACCUUGGAUUUGACUUGCUCUUGCACAAAAGCCCAGGUGUACAACACCACUUUUCACUCUUGGAGGAGUUGAAGAAAUUACUUGUGGGUGGCUUGGAACUCAAAGCUAUCGUGAAGGACAUAUUCCAUCCUAAACACAAAUACGUCAAGGACCUCCCCGUUGUCUAUGAGGGGAUAAAAGAAAAUUCCGUUGUUGAGUGUUACAGCCAGGUUCCGUUCGAGAACUGGGGUUUGACAGUAAAGGAUACACCCAGAUACACGUUCUUGCCCAACACAGUGAAUGGAGUGAAGAACGUUGUCAAGUAUGCGCUGAAGAACAAUUAUCGCGUCAGAUGUGCGGGAUACCGCCAUAGCUGGUCUUCGAUAUUCUCACAAGACAACGAGAUUCUCAUCUCGUUCGUCAAUCUUCACACAGUGACGACCUUGCCAGACCCUAUGUCAAUUGUUCCCGGAGAGUAUGACCCAUCCAAGGUCCCAGAGCUCAAGACCAUUGAUUUGAAGGAGGAAACAGUGCCCGGCAAACAUCGGCUCUGCCGUGUGGGGGCAGCAGUCACCAAUGAAGAAUUUAGACGCUGGGCUGUUGCAGGAAAGGCAUGGUCUCUACCUGCCGAUGUCAUUUUGGUUGAGGUUACGAUCGGUGGCGUGAAUGGUCCGAUCUGCCAUGGUGCUGGUAUUUCUCACAAGACGCUGUCUGACUACGUUCGCCGUAUCGAAUAUGUGGAUUGUCUCGGGAAUCUGCAGGCGGUGGAUGACCCUCAACUCAUCAAAGCAGCCGCUGGAGCUUUUGGAUUGCUUGGUGUAGUCACGCAUAUCACUUUUGAAUUGGAUGCGAUGACCUACGCCAUUAUGAAACCAUUGAAAGAAGAUGUGGGAUUGGGAGUCCCUCCACUAUCGAAGAAGGAUAUUCCGAUCGCGCUGCGAGGUGACUGGUACAAUGCGCCAGAUGCGGACCAGCAGAUUGCCAAGGCGACAGAAGAGUUCAAGACUCGCGCAGCAAAUGAUUACUACACCGAAUGGUUUUGGUUUACAUACCAGCGAAAGAUCUGGACAAACACUUUCAACACCACAGCGGAUCCUACUGGAGCUGUGAACUAUCCCGAUGACGGCAACGUAUUUCUACAGUGGAUUCAAGGCUGGCUAGGGGGCGUCAUAACAGAAGUCCCACUUUUCAACGCCAUCCCAGGAUACUGGCAGGCACAGCUUAUUGCGUCUUUGGGAAUGGCUGCUCUUCCUCCUACUUUGGGCGAAACCAAAACUCCAACUUACAAAACCUUGCUACCGGACGCUCUUCAUUUCCGCCGCGGAGUGCAGAAUAUGAGAGUUCGAGAUCUGGAGCUUCAGAUACCGCUUCCUCCUAGGUCGGAUGACCCUACAAAGCCAGACUUCAGCAUCGUCCAACGUGCCUGGUGGGAUGUCAUCAAGCUUGUCUAUCGAGAUGCAGAGACUGGGGGAGAUCCAUCCUCAGCCAUGCGACUGGCCCUUGAAAUGCGUCUUAUGGGAGGUAGCGAUAUGCUUCUCGCACCGCAGAAGGGCAACGAUCUCGGAACCCUUUCCAUCGAAGUCUUGACUCUUCCUGAUGCUGUUGCAGAUAACGAAUGGCAUGGCUUUGUACAAAAGGUUGUUGACCUUUGGACAAGCUACGGAGGUAACGUGCGCCCGCACUGGGCGAAAGAGUGGGAAGGGAUCAAUUUCAAGGGCAUGGACGCGAGGAAGUACCUGAAAGACGUGGCGUAUAGGGACCAAAUCCCCGAAUUCCGUGAUGCACUUGUCAAGAUUGGCGAAACGCAGGGAUGGACCAUCGAUCAACUUCAGAAGAGGUUUUCGAAUGAGUUAUGGGAUAAGUUGGUCUUUGAGUAG